UGUCGCAUUGUCUGUGAUAGAGUGUAGACGUAUUUUUAUUUAUUAAAUUAUUUUUCUAUCGUAAUUACAUUGAAAUGGAUUCACUAAGAGUGUGGUCGAGGUUUACAGUGACAAGAAAAGACGGUACGGUCCUUAAGUUGAGGAUUCAAGAUAUGCCCAGUGAGAGGGCAAAUGAUGUUAUAGACUUUAACAUAGAAUAUUUCGUUAAGCAUGAAGUGUUUCACAAGGCUGCAGGUGUGUCCGAUAAUCCGAAAGCAUUGGAAGAGUGUAGAGAGUUUGAUUCGGAGAUGAAGUUAGACGAGACAGACCAUGUCACCAUCUGCUGUUUGGACGGUCCCGAUGGUGUUGUUGGUGACCUGUUGGGAGUUUCCUCCAUGAGCUACAGUACAAAAGACGACGAAGACUUUGAUAUAGGUGAUAUUGAGUUUAAAACUGAGGAAAUGAGGAAAUUUUUCGAAUUUAUCGAUGUACAAAUAUCCUUAUACGACACUAUGAAAGAGCAGAAUGUGGAUAAAAUUCUCGAUGGACGAGGAAUGGCAGUCCAUCCCGAUUACAGAGGACUUGGAAUAGCCACAGAAUUUCUUAAAAUAAGGUCCACAAUAUGCAAGGAAAGAAAUGUUCCCAUCACAGUGGCAUGUAUGACGUCACUCGGAUCACAGAAGGCAGCGGAGAGGGCUGGAUGGGAAACUGUGUUCCAAGUCCCCUUUCUGGACUUAGAAGAACGACUGGGCGUCACCUUCGAUGGCGCACCUCCCUAUUUGAAGAUAAUGCUUGCGAGAGUUUCUUAGUGCAAUAUUCUGUGUUUGA